AUGGAACGGCAGCCAGCGCUUGGCCACCAUGAGGGCGGCAUUGAAAUUUUGCAUAAUUGUGUGUUGGCCGAAACCAACUUCAGCCACCGGAAAUGGAAGAAAAUUUUCAUUAUUGUGGAAGUGAUCGGUUUUGUGCUGUGUAUGAUCUCGCUUGGGAUCUGCAUUCUCGGGUUCAUCGGAGUUGCCACAAGCGACAUCAAAAGGAGCAAGGGCUCGGAACCGACAGCUGACGAAGUCGCGAUCGCGAUCCUGGUGGCGUACACCCUUUGCGCCAUUGGGGAGGCCAUUUGCUGCGGCAUCGCCCUCCUUGGCGUCGGCACCAAAUCGCCGGCCCUGCUGUGGAUCUUCCUUUUCUUCAAGAUUUGCGACAUUAUCGGCUGGAUUUACAUCUUUAUCGGCGCGCCAAAGUGGCACCAUAAGGCGACAGCUGCCUUCUACGCCAUCUUUACGCUCCCCGAGGUCUUCCUGGCGUAUACGAAUGUGAAGGCGUUGAGGGCUUGUCCGAGAUGCUAC